GGCGCGUCCUCAGGGCUGCGGGGCGGGCGAUACCCAUCCCUCCUCUCCCAACCGGCGUCCGUCGCGGGAUGUGCGGCCGCGCUCCGCUCCCCCUCCGUCCCCAUAGGUCCGUGCGUCUGGAGCGCUUCUCCCCAAAGCCGACAGAAGCUGUAAGUUGCCAUGUUCAUCUUGCUGAUGUUUGGAUUGCUACUGCAAGAAAUCCUGGCUAAUUCCCGAGAUGAAAAUCUCACUGAGCUCAGAAGCGUUCUGGAAGAGCCCAUGUACAGCUACAGGACUGUCAACCUACCAGACGAGCACAUUCCGUACUUCCUGCACAACAACCAGCACAUUGCUGACAUCUGCAAGCAGGACUCUCAUUGCCCGUAUAAAAAAUACUUGAAGAAAUUAAAAUCCUGCUGGGGCUAUGAGAAAUCUUGCAAAUCAGAUCACAGGUUCAGUUACCCGGUGUGUGAUUACGUAGAAUCUGGAUGGGCAAAUGACAUCGAGACUGCCCAGCAGAUAUUCUGGAAACAAGCUGACUUUGGUUACAUUCGAGAGAGACUGAAUGAAAUGAAAACCCAUUGUAAGCCUGCAGUAACAGGAGAUUCAUCACUGACCUGUUCUCAGUUCCUUCAGCAUUGCAGAGCAACAAACUUGUACAUCGAUUUAAGAACUGCAAAGAGAAACCACGAGAGAUUCAAAGAAGACUUUUUCCAGAAGGGAGAAAUUGGAGGUCAUUGCACCCUUGACGUUAAAGCAUUUUUAGCUGAAGGUCAACGCAAGAGCCCUCUGCAAUCUUGGUUUGCAGAACUCCAGACAUUUACUUCAUUAAACUUCAGGCCCCUGGAUGAUGGCAAGUGUGAUAUUGUUAUUGAAAAGCCAACAUACUUCAUGAAAUUGGAUGCAGGUGUUAAUAUGUACCAUCACUUCUGUGACUUCGUCAAUCUUUAUAUUACACAGCAUAUUAAUAAUUCCUUCAGUACUGAUGUCAACAUAGUCAUGUGGGACACUAGCUCCUAUGGCUAUGGCGACCUGUUCAGCGAGACGUGGAAGGCAUUUACUGACUAUGACAUAAUACACUUGAAAACUUUUGACUCUAAAAGGGUGUGCUUUAAAGAAGCAGUCUUCUCAUUACUGCCUCGAAUGCGAUAUGGCUUGUUUUAUAACACACCAUUGAUAUCUGGCUGCCAUGGUACAGGGCUGUUCAGAGCAUUUUCUCAGCAUGUGUUACACAGAUUAAAUAUCACACAAGAAGGACCCAAGGAUGGGAAAAUCCGAGUCACAAUACUCGCACGCAGUACAGAUUACCGGAAAAUAUUAAACCAGAAUGAGCUGGUGAAUGCUUUGAAAACAGUAUCAACGUUGGAGGUCAAAGUGGUAGACUACAAAUACAAGGAACUUGAAUUUUCAGAGCAACUGAGAAUUACACAUAACUCUGAUAUAUUCAUUGGGAUGCAUGGAGCUGGACUUACCCAUUUGCUCUUUCUACCAGACUGGGCUGUUGUGUUUGAACUGUACAAUUGUGAGGAUGAACGUUGUUACCUGGAUUUGGCAAGGCUGAGAGGCAUUCACUACAUCACCUGGCGAAAAAGGAAUAAAGUAUUCCCUCAAGAUCAGGGACACCACCCAACGCUGGGAGAGCAUCCAAAAUUUACAAACUACUCUUUUGAUGUGGAAGAAUUUAUGUACUUGGUGCUUUUGGCUGCAAAUCAUGUUUCACAGCAUUCCAAGUGGCCAUUUAGGGUAAAGCACGAUGAAUUCUAAAUCAGACUUCUGACUGAAAUAUUAUUUUUGAAUAAUGCUCCAUAAAAUACUGUAACAACGUGAAGCAAAAUGCUGGUGUGAAAUAUGUAAACCUCUACGAGGGAAAUAACUCUUAAUUAGUUUGUCAGAACACUUCAGGGCACCACACCUUAUCUGUGUCAUCCAUCUCUUUAAUUCUGGGUGUUUUUCUUAAAUAAGAAAUAUUUAUAGAAUUUUUCCCUCCCUUUCCCCCUAUAUUUCUGCAUUCCAGAUUCUGAAAUACUUGUCUUUGUAAAAAGAUAUGUCCAUCCAUUUCAUUCACAUUAGAGAUUCUUUUUGCAUUUAAAUUUAACUUUGACUCUUCUCCCUCUAGUUUUAGGUGCUAAAAUGUAACAGAUCUGCUCAGUAAGUUUUGUCAGUCUUCUUCUCAAUGCAAGUAAAUCUUUUCCUAAAUGAAUUCUUACAAACUUCAGGUCAUCUGGGUAUUUCCUACUUUGUCACUUAACACAGCACUUCUGCAGUGGAAAACCUAUGCAAAUUGGAAGAAAAGCACAUACAGAAACCUUCAUCUUUUUGAGGAUGCUGAAGGGACUGGACUUCAGGAUUUUUUUUUAAUGACAAAUGAUAAGGAAUAAAGGAUGUCUUUCAGCUGCAGCUGGAAGGAAAUGAAAUCGUGAGGAACUUUGUUCAUGAAAUCACUAAAAGCCUCAUCUAUUUCUGUUUUUGUUUUCUUGAAAUGUUGAAGAGUCCAUCUCAGAAACUUACAAAAGUCCUUCCAAAGCCAAUAGCAUCGCUGGCUGUUCUCACUGAAGCCAAAACUGAGUUGUUUGUAAAAUGCCCCCCUGAUUUAUGGGCUGAUACAGUUUGGUGCUAAGGAGGGGAGGGGGAAAAGAAGGAAACAAACAGAGUAGUUGCGUUGUCUUAAGGGGAGAUCCAGAAGGAUGCGUGGAAGAACCAAGUUCAGUCAGAUUUCAAAGGGAAAAAAAAAAAAGAGUUCCCUUUUACACUAUGGAUUUUCUGAGAAUAUAUUCCCAUGAUACAUUUGCAGUAUAAUCAAAGUUUCAGUGGCUUGAAGCAAAGCAUACAUUUGUAUGCAAAAGCAAGGCAGUUAUAGUAAAUGUAAACACUCCACCGGUAUAAUUGUAGAUACUAUUGAAUUCCAUUCACCAGCAGUCAUAGGCAGUUUCAAAGAGAGUAGCUACGCUCACUGACCUGCCUAUCCUGGUAAAAAUGACUUACAGUAAGCAUAAUUUUCAUACAGAUCUCUCAUGACCUUAAGCAGUACAUAGGAAAAGCUGGUCCAUCAGGUAUAUUAAGGUAUUUGGUGCAAUUUUUGGUGUGGUGUGUCGCGUUGAUGGGUAAAACUGUUUUACUUUAAAGAACCAUGGAAGCAAAAUUGCACUUAUUUAUAUGGGGAGAAGGAAAAAACUUUGAGGAUGCGAUGUCCUGUGUUUGUGUUUUGGGUUGGGUUUGGUUUUGUUUGUUUUUAAACCUUGUAGGAUUUUUAAAGUAAUGUAUAAACUUAAGUUCAGUAAAAUGCGUGAGUGUGAAGAAGGGAAAACAACCCGACAAAAUAACUGAAAAUAUAAAAGACAUUGAACUAUGAGCUGUGCACAGAUGUAUUUGAUAACUUUUAUAAAAAGACUUUUAAUAAAAAAUUAA